AUGUUCCGUCGCUCCAUAGCUUCUCUUGCUGUGCCUGCGAAUCUGGGGCGCCUUAACCACGUGGCCAUCGCUGUUCCUGUGAGUCGAAGCAUUGUAGAAGCUGGCGAGGUGUACAAGCGGCUCUUUAACGUUAAGGUCAGCGAUCCGGUGAGACAGGAGGAGCAUGGCGUUAUUACAGUCUUUGUGGAGAUGCCCAACUCAAAGAUUGAACUGCUUCACCCUCUUGGUAACAACAGUCCGAUUGCGGCUUUCUUGGAGCGCAACAAGGACGGAGGUUUGCAUCACAUCUGCCUCGAAGUAGCGGAUAUAUCCGCUGCGAUGUUGACCUGCAAGGAGGCGAACAUACGCUGCCUCGGCGCGAAGCCGAAGAUCGGUGCGCACGGCAAUCCUGUGAUCUUUCUGCACCCAAAGGACUGCGGCGGAGUCCUCAUAGAGCUCGAGGAGGUGAAGCCAUAA